GAGACUCUCUUUAUAACAAGCGAAUUUUUGUGUUCCUAUCAUUAUUUCACUUCUCUGUAGAUCACGAAAAGUUAUGGCAGGAAGGCGACAAUGUACCGAAUUUGAUGCUGAUGAAGCCUUGUUUCGUAUUUUGGAAGAGUCGGACGUGGACGACGAUAAUUAUGAAGACAGUGAUAUGUCAUCAUCAGAAGAGGAAAUGAUAGAUAGAGACUCAGACUCUGAAUCAGAACAAACUACACCGAUGGCCGAUAUUUCAUCGACUUCAACGAGCGUGCCACUACCAAAGCGUGCAAGAAAACGUGGGAGACCUGUUGUUUCUCCUCCACAACCAGAGUUCAACUGGGGGAAAAUCCCACCCAAAAGAACAAUACCCCAAUUCGGAGGGGCAGCCGGUAUUCGAAGUCGGGGUAUUUCUCCCACCUCCUCUCCUUUAGAUUGCUUCAUGCAGUUUUCUACUGUCCAAGUAAUCAACCUCAUCGUGGAUAUGACAAACCUGAACGCCGAAAAAAUGCUUCAAGGUAUGUCAAAUUUUCAAGCAAUAAAGUAUUUGUUCCUGACUAGUAUUCACCUCUAAUAUUUAUUUUAUGUUUUCAGACAUCAACGCUCUUCGUGUAGCCAGAAAGUUCCUCCCCAACAAUUCAAUCCGACAUCGUUUGAGGAGAUAAAAGCAUUUUUGGGUCUCACUAUAGCAAUGGGAAUCGUGAAGCUGCCGCGUCUUUCUAUGUAUU